AUGACUUUGCUUGCUUUUCAGGAGCUUGAAGAAAUCCGCAAAUGUGGAAUGAAAAACUUCCGUAAUAUCCAGGUUGAUGAAGCUAAUUUAUUGACCUGGCAAGGGCUUAUUGUUCCUGACAAUCCUCCAUAUGACAAAGGAGCCUUCAGAAUCGAAAUCAACUUUCCAGCAGAAUAUCCAUUCAAACCUCCUAAGAUUACAUUUAAAACAAAGAUCUAUCACCCUAAUAUCGAUGAAAAGGGGCAGGUUUGUCUGCCGGUAAUUAGUGCUGAAAACUGGAAGCCAGCAACCAAAACUGACCAAGUAAUCCAGUCCCUCAUAGCACUGGUGAAUGAUCCACAGCCCGAACACCCCCUUCGGGCUGACCUAGCUGAAGAAUACUCUAAGGACCGUAAAAAAUUCUGUAAGAAUGCUGAAGAGUUUACAAAGAAAUAUGGUGAAAAGCGACCAGUGGACUAAAAUCUGACACAAUUGAUGUCAGCAACGUAUGAUAGAAGAUCGGAGCAGUGCAUUUGAGACACCCCGUAAAGCAGGACUCUAUGGAAAAUUGACAAGUGCCACCUUUCGGUGUUAACUUGUGGCUGUUACUAACUUUCUACAGUUUUCUUAAUCAAAAGUGGGCUAGGUAACCUGUAAAGAAAGGAUUAAAAAUUUAAGAUGUUCUAGUUCUGCUUUCUUUGUUUAAAAAUCACUGCUUCAAUAUACUUUAAAGUAUGCUGUUUUCUUUUUCUUGUCAGAAUUUAUCAAAAAUAUCUUAGACUUAUAUUCUGCCCUUAAAUUUAAAAGGUUAUGGCUGUCAUUUCUUAUUUUUUUCCCUUGCAGUUCCCACUCUCUUGAGUUCACUUAAUUCUUCAUUGAAUUUUUUCUCCCUCCUCAAACUGAUAUCUUAGAGAAAUUAUCCCAGUUCUGGCAGAAAAUGAUUGAGUGUUUGGCAGUUUUGUUUACUUUUCUCUUUAAAUGUUGCACUGUGCUUUGUGGGACUUGUUGCAAGUUCCCCUUAACUUCAGUUUGUAACAUAAACAAAACCAGAUGAACCCCACAAAAACAAUCAGAAAUAAUGUCCAGGUCUUAUGUAAAUCUGGCUGAUGUUACCACAAUAAUGUUUAUUAAACGGGGAAACCCAAGAUUUUGUGUGCGUGAUUGAAUUAAAAUAUGGCUUAUUUCCUGCUUUUGGAAAACUUUUUGGGAAAAAAAAAUCUGUAGCAAAUGAAUAGUGGAAUGUGAUUGUGAACUUCUCUCACUUCUAUUCUUAGUACCUGUGCAGAGCAGCUAGGAAAAAUUGCACAGAACAACACUGCAACCAGGUUAGAAGAGUUUCAGAAACUGGGGACCAAGAGGUGCCAAAGUGAUAAACUGUUUUUGGAGUUAAAAAAAAAAAUAAUACUUUGGGGAAAUGUUAAUUUUGAACUUAAAUGCUAAACCUGGCAGCACUGCUAGUUCUCAGAGUACGUUUUUUUUCCAUCAGAAUGCAGAUGAAACAUCUGUAUUUUAUGGGGUGGCACUCCUCCCACUUCCCUGCUCAAUUACUGUACAGUUCUUGCUGAAAAUGAUAUGAGAAUAGGAUUAAGCAAUAAACUGUAAUAGAGUGCACUUCACUACUACUGUUCAUAUGCUUGAAAAAUACAAACAUUUGAGUUAGAUGAUUUAAUGAGUACUUCACGUAUCAUUCUAUCAUUCUAACUUAAUCAGGCAGAACUGUUUCCCUUUUGCUCCAGGGCACACCUAUGCAUGCUAAAGGAAGCCCUUCCUGUUCAGAUUUGGGCAUCAUUUAUUGUGUCUCUAUUCUUUUCUUUUGGCUGCCUAUCUUUUUUUCCCUAAAUCUCAAGUGUGAUCAUAGCUCAACACUCAAACUGCCAUACAAUCAAACUGCCUUCUCUUUCCCCCCCUGUAGAAUUUGGGUAUGUUAUUGAGCAAGCAGGUUUAUCUCCAGAAAUCCAUAGGUGUCUGGGAGUACAUAUCAUUUUGAUGUGCAGGAAGUUGCAUUAGAAAAUCCCUCGCAUCCAGAUGGGUAUCUGUACUCCUAAAAUCAGUUUUAGUACAGCCUCUGCCUUUGUGACAUUUCAGAACCAGCGUGUCAAGCAGUAGGUCUCUUUGGUUCUCACGUCUUGUAUAUGUGCUUUUUCUUCCAUUCAUCCCUCUCAUCCACCUUUGAUUUCAGAUUUAGUGUAAACAAUGACAGCCCAGUACCUCACCUCUGUUGAAAGUAAAUUUUUUUUAUAAGUUAGGGAGCUAAGAAAUUUUAUGUUUAAGUGUUCUUAGACAGAUUCUUUGGCAGGUAAAUAAAGUUAAACCACAUUCACCUUAUUUACGGAAACUUGCAUUUCAUAAGUGUUUUCAGGCUUGUGAGAGCACUGUCUAUUACCAAAUUUUCACAUCUUUGUGUCUUCAUUUGCAGAAAGUUGGUACAGAUUUUGUUUCAUUCACGCUCGCUCAGAUUCAUAAUAAAAUAAUGCCAAAUUAUCUGUCAAACUGAAGUGUGUAUAACUUCUGCAUCAGAUACUUAAAUGAGUCGCUGUUCCUUUUGAUCAUGUCUGUUGGCAUGGAAACUUGCCAUUCUCUAAAUUUUCUUUUUUAUUUAAAAACGAAACUGUAGCACUGGUUUGCUGCCCUCGUUACUACCAAAUAGUAUGCUUUCUGGUUGUAAGCCUCUCAGGUUAAAUACUGCAUUUAUUUGAGUCAGUGUGACUUGGAUGCCAUUGAAGGGGAACUGGAAGGGCUGUGUAAUUCAAGGAGUUGCAGUUUGGAGUCAUACAGGCCGAUAGCAAUGCUAUACCAGCCAUUCUCAUGUCAUCUGUAAAGGUCACAUAGAAGGAAAGUAUUACUAUCAGUUCUCUGUGUGCCUUCUGCGUAGUUCAAUUUCUAAACUACAAGAUGUGUAACCCAAGCGACAGCUUUUGUUUAUAGGUGCCCUCUGAAAAAGACAGAUCAAAUGCUGUACUGAACGGUUGAAGUCUGAGGGGAGAAACAAUCAAAGUGCUGAGACCUGCGUUAACUCAGGAAACCAAGCUCCCGUUCUCUCUGGUUCCCUAAGCCAUGCUGAAUUCUUAACCUGCAGUUUAAGAUCCAAAACAAAAGCAACGUACUGGUGAAACUACACCCAGGAGUACUGGUAUAGGCUUUCUGCAAUUCCAUUCUGCUACCCUAAUAAAAAUGCUCUCAAAGG